AUAACUGUGGGAUCAUUGCUAUCAGUUAUCUUCUUUCUGUGAUAGAAUUAUUCGAAGGUAACCAAUUCGAAAGUCUUUUAAAUGACGAAAAUAGACCUACAUUUCAGAAUUUCUGUGAACAAAAUCCUGAUAUGGAAGUUUCAGUUGAUGAUGUGAUCCAACUCAUAGAUAAACUUCGGCCAUCAGUCCCUUCUAAUAAUAAUAAUAAAGUUACAUCUGGUCCUAUUACUAAAACCAAAUUUAGAUCAUUUCGGAGUAAUUUGCGAAAUAGGCCAAAUGCACCUAGAGAAGCCAUGCUUCAAGAACCUGAUGGAGACGAUCAUUUUAAUCCUCGAAAUAUUAGUGCACCUCCAAGUCGUUCCAGACGUUUAUCUGCGUCCGGAUUUUAUGAAUCACCUGCCAUGAUUUCUUCAUCUUUUGCUAGUCCCUAUGACACACCGGAAGAAACUAUCGAGUCUUUUGAGGGGAAUGGUGGAAUUGACGAGGCCGUUUCUAAUUUAAUAACAAGUGUAUGGGUUACUAUACAUCUUU